UCUCUGCCAGUUAGCUGAUUUGUUUCCUCGAAGGUCCUAUGUCCAGGGAGCCAUCGAUGCACUCUACAAAAGCACAAAGUAAGAGAGCGAUGGUUCGAUGGAAUCGAAGUGUGCAUCAUGUACAUUAAUUAACAUACGACUUGUUGAUGGUCACUCUAGUUUUUCACACAACACAUAUUCCCUGUGAAUUCUUAUUGUUAAGAAUCUAUUCCAUGUGAAUCUUAUUCUGGGCCUUGUAUUCCUGAUUGGUUGAAGGGCAAACUAUUCCUUGUGCGGUUGUGCCUCUUGUUCCCGGUCAGCACAGCAGCGUCAGCACAGGUCCUGACACCUGCGUCACUUUCUCUCGUUGCUCUAUACGCGGAGACAGGAUUGAAGAUUCUUGGUCAGUUCUUCGGAAUCUUCUGUAUUUGUUGACCUGCUGUAUCCCACCAAUAUUGUUGUGCUCUACUGCUCUCCUCUAUCCGUGUGAUCGUCUGGACCAAUGGAAUUGGAGUGUUGAAUCAAUGGUCAGCAGUCAACACUGGCCCAGCUUUGAACAUUCUGAACUCCACUGAAAUUUCCAAAAAGCAGUCCACAAGGUUAGUGAAUGCCAACACGAAAGAGAGAAUUAUAUCCACUAAAUGGCAGAGAACAUUGUCCAGUCACGGUGAGGCUGUGCAUACAGCUGCUGAAAUUACAUUGAAUUAUCUUUGAGCUUGAAUUAGACCACCACACUUCAUUUUACUAUUCAUUUGGGGAGGUUCGAACAUAGGAGGCGAGAUUGCAAAGUUGGGUCCGUUUAAGGCUCCAGGUGAAUACUAUGUCAUUUUCGUCAAAUUUCUCUGACUUUUCCUCAGCUAUUUCUAAGCAAACUCCGAGUUACAAAAAUAUCUAUUAACAGAAUGUUCGCACCAAGUACAAGAGAUCAUCCAGGAAUUUCUUCUCCACUAACAAAAAUGCUAAACUUUCGAACCUUUUUUUCACUACUAGUGGCACCUUCUAGCAAUUUCCGCCCAGCCAAAGCCUUCUCGACGUUCUCGUACGAUGUCAAGUAUGAGGACCAAAAGACUGGUCAAACCGGGGAGGCACCCAAAGAGCUUAAGGAAUAAAAAUGAUGGAGUAAAAUUAACUCGGUUUCCCUCGGUCAAACUCGAAGACCAGAUGCGCAUCAGCAUAUAUACCCCAAAACCCAUCUUAAAUCCAUCCAAUGGUCACCACUUCAUCGUCACAUCUCUUUCGAUCCACUGCACACGUACUCGUCGCUCGUCCCUACAGUUUGUUCGAACUUGCCGUCAUCCUUCCAUAAACCAUUCCUCCCGUCAACCUGCCAUUGCCACACACACAAGCUGCAAACCAUGCAGGAGGUUGGAGGAGGGGACAGCAUGCAUCUGCUCCUGAGCAUCCUUGCCGACGGCGAGGAGCAGGCAAGGCGCCUCCUGGGCGAGCUGCCGGCGACGGCCGGCAACCAGCUGCCUCCGGCGAAGGAAUGCUGCAGGGACGUGGCGCGGCAGCUGCGGUGCACGUUUGGCAAGGCGAUCGCCGUCGCCAAGGCCAUCGAGGCAUCUCAUGGCGGCGCCUCGAGCACCGACUCGCCUCGGUCGGCCGAGGAGAACUCCGGCGCUGUCGUGGCUGCAAGCAGGGACGCGGCGCAAGCGCAAGAGAGCCAAGGCAUUUGCAAGAGAAGGAAGGGCCUCCCAAGAUGGACCCAAAAAUUCCGAAUACCAGACGCAAAUUUAGAUUACACUCCAGAUGACGGGCUCAGCUGGAGGAAGUACGGCCAGAAGGACAUCCUCGGCGCCAGAUUUCCAAGGGGCUACUACCGCUGCACGUACCGCAACUCGCAGGGCUGCCCCGCCACGAAGCACGUGCAGCGCUCCGACGCCGACCUCGCCGUGUUCGACGUCACGUACCAGGGCGAGCACACGUGCCACCAGAAUCAGCGCAACGCCGACGCCGCGCCGCCUCCUCCCGCCGUGGCAGCCGCGAGCGACGGCGGCCACCACCCGCCAUUGCAGGACCCGGACGUGCAGAUGCUGGCGAGUUUCAACAACAGCCUCAAGGUGGAGACCGACGGGAUGCCGCGGUCUUCAUCGUCCUUCCACGGCCACGACGUCUCCGCUGCCGCCUUCUCCUUCCCCUACCCCACGUCAGCGGGCUUCACGCCGGUUGAGUGCACCGGCUACAAGCAGCUGCCGGCCGGAGGUGGCUGCUUCUCCGCGGCGCCGUUCUUCUCGCCGGCCGCCACGACGUCGGCCGAGUCGGGCUACUUCUCCGUUGCUGCGCACUUCCCUGCGGUGGGCACGCGCGGGCCGGAGUCGUCGGAGCUCGGGGAGGUCGUCUCCGCGGCAACGUCCUCAGCGGCGGUGGCCGCCCGGCUCGACAACUCGCUGUACGAGUACCAGCUGCACGACGACGAUUUCAACUCGUUCUUGCCAAAUGCUCGGUCACCCUUCUUCCCAUGACCAGCACGGAGACGCGUGAUGGUCGGAUGGAAUAAUCAACUCAGGGUUACGUAGCAAAGAGAUCAAACUAAACAUGCUCUAUGUUUCGUUUUGUUAAAUCUCGGACGAUUGAUAUUUUGUUAAGUCAAACAUCUAAAUGAAAAUGCAACUAUAGUUCAGAGAAAUGUGCGAAUCGCAUUCAA